AAAAAAAAAAAAAAAAAAGUGAGAUGAUGACUUCUCCUCAUUUUUCAUUAUUAUUUCCUUCAAGCUCACAUAAAUACACAAAAAGAUCCCUGAUCUCAGAUUCAAGUCCUUCGUGUCAUCUUAGAUUCAGGAGUGAUUAUCUUAAUAUAUCUUUUUAGGACAAGAAACAUAACAAGGUCAACCCAUAGUUGAUGUUUAUUGUCGGAUCCUCCAUUAAAAGAAAUGGAGGAUUUGACAUUCUUAAUUACUAUGUAAAGAAAAACAUUAGUUAAUACGUCUUCAUUAAGGAAAUUUUGGUAAGAAGAAUAUCAGAGCUCCUUAGGAAUGUGGGCUACCUGGGAAGUCUGAAAUUCUGGGAUGACUAGAAAAGCCAAAAUAAUUCCUUUGUGUAAAAGACAAAUCAAAGAAACCGUUACCCUUUUAACUGUCAGAUAUUCUUCUUUGUUCUUCUUUCAUUUCUAACCCUCAAGAAAACCAAAUCAUUUGUAUCUUUGGAUUCUGCAUUCCCUUUUGCCAUCUUUUUUUGUUGUUGUUGGUGGGGUCUUUCCCUUUUCAUUUUCCCUUGUUUUUUAUUUUCAUAGAUCCCACGUCCCUUUUUGUCCAAGCUUUUUCGGUUUCAAAAUUUGAAAUUUCUGCGUUUGGAAUCUUAUGUGGGGUUGAAGAAAUGAGCAUUUGGUGAUCAUUUAUUGUUGUUCUGGGGUGAUUUUCGUGAAGGUGAUUAAUUAUUGUCGUAGCAAUCGUUGUUGCUGUGUCCUUCUCCUCCCCUGCAGGCCUUUGCUUUCUGGUCACCUCUGCUGCAGAAUCAGGUAAUUACAGUCAUUUCUUUCGGGGAUUUUGGCGUGAUUAUUCUCUUUGUUCUAUGUGCUUGCUUCAGAUGUUCUUGAAUGAGUCCCUGCAGAUACUUUUUCACUGUUAAAGUUUGGAACUUUAUCUAUCUGGGUGACCCUCUGAUUCUGUUGUCAUAUUAUUUUAUGAUCCUCCACAGCAGUUUUUCAUUCUAGAAAUUGCUUUCUAUUGCCUUUGAACUGUCAAUCUAUGUUUUUUAGAGGUUAAUAUUGAUAAUUCUUUCCAUUUAGGAUCAUAGAGUUUCUUGAAUCUAGAUAUAGCUAACUGAUUCUGCAUUUCAUGUAGGUUUAUGGGAUUUUAGAUGUACAUUUACUGUUAGUUUUUAUUGAUUCUGCACUUCAUGUUUUGAUAAUACAAAUCAGGUUGCUUAAAACAGCCAAUGGCUGAAAGUGGGAUGGGAAAACUUAGUUUUGAUAUAGAUAUGAUGAAAGAGACUCUCUGUGCUCAGCAACAGCUGCUGCAAAAGCUUUACAAUGAGUUGGAUGCAGAGAGGGAAGCCUCUUCUACUGCAGCUAGUGAAGCAUUGGCGAUGAUAUUGCGUUUGCAAGGUGAAAAGGCUGCAGUGCAAAUGGAAGCUGAGCAGUAUAAAAGAUUGGCUGAGGAAAAGAUGUGUUAUGCAGAGGAAUCGUUGUCGAUUUUUGAAGAUAUUAUGUAUCAGAAAGAGAUGGAGGUGUCUGCUUUAGAUUAUCAGGUGCAGGCUUAUAGGUAUAAGCUAUUAAGCAUGGGUUGUGCAGAUCAAAUCGGAGAGAUAAAAUUUCCUGAAAAUCUCUUGCAAAGGAAUGAAAAUCUAGCUGGGGAAAUGAGUUUGAAGAACUUGUCAAGGAGAAAUUCUGCUCCCCCUAUAUCUCUCAAAGCAUACUUGAAGAAGGGUAUUAAUGAAAGUGAGGAUUGCUCAAGCCCUGACAUUGAUUUGGUCUCAAGAACUGUGGAAAGUUGCAAAGGCCAGGAAUUACAGGACUUGAAUUCUGACUGGGAUAAGAAGACAGACAUAUCUAGCAGUGGGGACAUCAGUUCAUAUUUGGAUCAGAUUCGUAAGUUAGAUGGCCGCAUUAAAGAGAUUGCGGGAGUUAGCUAUGCAAACUUGAGGAAUUCUUCGAGGUCGCCUUCGCCGCUUUCACAAAAAUCUGGAAUUCCUUAUGAUUCAAUAAAAGGAACAGCUGACUUGUCCCCUUCCGUAGUACUGCAUCCAACUCCCAGUGGAAUUGAUCUGGUUAAACAUAGUGGGAGUCCACAAGAAACUGAAAUUAAAGAUGAGAAUGCUGAUUCACCAGGAAUACUUGAUGUCUUUGAAGUCCCCCAGGUUGAUGAGAGGUAUGAUGAUAGUCAGUUAAAGAGAAGAAAUCAGAGAAAGAUGGUGGUUUCAAUUGAUGAGGGACUUCAGAAACCGGAUUUCACAGAGGAAACUAUUAAGCCAUCUAAUCAUGAUGAUAAUCAUUGGUUAUACAAAAUGGUGAAGUCUUCAAACCAAGAGAAAGAUGUAAGUAUUCCAAGUGGUGGGCUUGUUGAAGUGGACUGCACUUCGGCGAUUGUUCAUCCUAGAAGCAAACCUCCAAAAAUUCAAUCCAAGUUACGUAAGCUUGGCCAGGCUUCAGAAAUAGUUGAAGUUGAGAGACAGGCCUCAAGAAAAGAAUGUAUAGAUAGAGAGGAAGAAUUGAAACUUCUGAAAGAGAUCAAAGAGCAGUUAAGUUCACUACAAGGUGAAAUCAGUAGCUGGAAAAUCAAAGAGGCUGCCGCUGCUCCAACUCCUACAGAUGAUCUACCUCUUCAUACUCUCUCUGAGGCAAUGCUUUACUUUUGGAUGUAAACCAGCUAAAAUGAAGCUUUCCGCCUCUUUGAAGGUAGUAGUUAUUGUGAAAGGGGGUUUUGAUUUGGAAACUUCUACCAAGAAAAGCUAUCAGAGACAGAGGUUGCUUCAUGCAUCUGUAAGAGAAUUGUGGUUUCUUAAGUUGAUUUCCGUGAGAAGAUUUGUUGGAGUGUAACAUAUUUUUUUGCUUUAUAGAGUUGUUAGCAUCAUCCUUGGGAAAUCAUGUAAGAUCAAUUGUGAUACAGGGAGAUAGAAUGACAUGUAACUACAUCUUAACCACAUGUAAAUUGCAUAUUUUUUGAAGUCUACAUACUCGUAAAUUGUGUUGUCCACACUGAACCUGUGUACAUUUGUAAAGCCUAUAAAGUUGUAUGCAAAGAAAUUUUUGAAGAUUCUAAUUUCUUAAUAAUGUUUAACAUCUGUGAAUUAUUUUUAACAUGUCUAGUUGUUUUCUGAUUGAUGAUUUGAUUUGGUCACCUGAUCUCUUACUUGUUUAGUGAAUUCAUCCUUAAAAUGCUUAAACAAUGUUUAUGUAUGCACAUACAAGCCUG